GUAACAACCAAGUCCUGGGCAAGUUCUCCUGGUGAAUUCAACAUUAGGUAACCACUAGACUAACAUUCUUAACCUUGUGGAAUGCGACGUGAAUGUAGCUUUCAGCAAGGAUAUGCGCAAAUGAACCAGCCGGCCGGUAUCCUUUUGCAAUGGAAACGCAGGAUGGGCCGUCACAAGACAGGGUCAAGCUUGUAGCAUCAACAGGAGAUAUCACCACCGGUUAUAGUACUUCAUCAAAAGCCACAGAUGGCGAUACCGAGACCGCCAGAUCACAGGACGGCACUGUUAGCUACUUUGAAAAGGUACAAUGGACCGCUGAUGGCACGACGCUCUUGGCUUCCUCUUCUACCAACCUGGUAUCAGGGUAUAUCGUGCCCGAGCAUCUCCUUACGGCAAGCAGCGAACUCACUCUAGAGCCACAAGCAGCUGUCCAGCUUCCCGAAACAAGCAUUGUGUUGUCAGGGGCGCCAUAUUUCUCCCUCGCCCAGCCUUGGACACAGCAGCUCCUAGUUUCAGCUCGGGAUCAUCCUAUUCAGUUAUUCUGCCUUACCCCCUCUUUAUCCUCUCCGUCUUCGCCAGCAAGUACACACUCUCCUAUAUCUUCCUACCCUUUCACAAAAGCUCGCAGCGAAACAUUCCUCACUGCAACGUCCCUCAUAUGGCCGUCACCCGGCACGCAUUUCAUAGCGGGUAGCCGUAGCCUUCUAGCGCGCUUCGACAUACAGCGCACAGGUGAGGAACCACUGACACGGAUCCGCACAAUUCCUUCAGAGCGGCAUCUAUCAAAAGGAGGUGGUGUCGGUAUGCGAGGUGACAUUUCGGCGCUGGGCGGGCAACCGAUGGACGCGGGUCUCGUCGCGGCAGGUACAUGGACCAGGUGGGUUGGAUUGUACGACUUCACCCAGGCCGGCACGUGUGUCGCGACGUGGGGUAUUGCGGCCGCACUGCGCGAAACUGCUAUGAAUAAUGAGUGGAGCCAAGAACCGAGGGGAAUAGGGGGGGAUGGCAUUACUCAAACUAUCUGGAGCCCUUGUGGGAGGUACCUUAUCAUCUGCGAGCGUAAGUCCCGCGGUGCUCUAAUAUACGAUGUACGCGUCACUGGGAAGCUUCUCGGCUACUUGACGGAACGUGACGCAGUAGGGAACCAGCGGGUAGCUUGCGACGUGUUCCCUAGCGUGAACGAGAACAGCGGCUUCGAGGUGUGGUCCGGUACGUCGAAUGGUAUAGUGAAAGUUUGGGAGGGUGUUGGAAGCCUGGAGGGACCUCACGCGCCCGCGUGGGAAUGGGUUGCCCAUCGAUCUACCAUUAGUAACGCAUGCCUCCAUCCUAGCGGCACGGUCGUUGCGACGUGUGCUGGUUCAUGGGAGUUUCCUGAUGGAGACGACGAAUUACCGGACGAUUCACCCAGUAACAGUGACCAGAGCCACAGUAACAAUUCCGAGAGAGGCAGCGAUGUUAGCAGAAGCGACUUUGAACCUCAUAGUACGGCGAGCCAGAUGCCUUGGAUGCACAGACGAAUUAAAGAAAGCAGCUUGAAACUUUGGAGUGUUGGAGAUGCUCCAACUAUAGCCCAAGGCGCUGAGCAUAAGUAAGGUUUCACGAGUGAGCCAUGAUACCCAACUUCAUAGCAAUGAAAUAGAUGUAUAUAUCUCGUAGCCAGCGCAGCCCCAUCAGCAUUCAGGACUUAGUAAUAGCUGCUGU